AUGAAGAAGGUGCGGGCGAGGCCGCGGCGGAUCCCGGCGUUCGGGGAGUGGAACUACUACGACGACGGUGGGUACGGGUACGGCGACGGCGCCGGGGACUGGCCGGUCACCCAGUGCUUGGACUCCGCCAUGCAGGCCGGCCUGUUCGUCUCGCUGCCGACUUCACCGAAGCCACUCAAAAAGGUGGUAAAGUGGAGUGACAGCGGUACACUUGAGGUGGACGGGGAGCAGAGGCAGAGGCAGAGGCAGAGGCAGAAGGUGGUGGUGGGGCUGCGCGAAGAGCACGGGCCGAAGAAGCCCAUAGAAAUUUACCUGAAAGUGUCCGACGCCGACGCCCACCUCGCCGCAAGCUGCAACAAAGCUUCUCGCAGGGCGAGGGCGGUCAAAGCCGUGGACGAGGACCUCUACGUGAUCCCGCCGGACAUGCUCUGCCACAAUAAUAACCAACGCAAGAGGCUGACGAAACGGCUGUGGAUCGGGUGCCUGGGAUGCGUCUCCGCCUAG